AUUCAAUCAAUUGAGGAAGUUUAGGUUUAACUUAAUCAUGACGCACGAUGCGCUUCAAAACAAACACGAACAGGAAAUAACUUUUCAAAACAACGUUAUUGAGCUAUUCGAACGUCAGUUAGCGGCAGGCUCUGCUUAUGCUCCAGCAGCUGCGUCAGUUCUGACAGAAGUAAUCAAGUCUUCAGAAGAAGAGACAGUAAUGGGUUUGGAGGUGCAGUUGAAACAAGCUACGGACGCAAUACUUAAAGUUGCACCGAUCACUGCUUUCGUUUCUCUUAAAGCGUCCACUGAGCUUUUCCUUCGUUUUGUAAUUCGCACUUCUCUUGAGCUUUCAGACUUUGAAGAAUGUAAACGAAGGCUUAUUAAGAGGGGUGAGUAUUUUAGAGGCCGUACAGAAGCGUCAAGAGACAAGAUUGCACAAGUCGGAGAAAGAUUUAUUCAGGACGGUUCCGUAAUAUUGACUCAUGGAAACUCACGAGUUGUUGCGGCAGUUUUUGAAAGGGCUGCAACGACGAAAAGAUUUCGUGUUUACGUCACAGAAAGCCGUCCAGACGGCAGCGGCUACUCCUUUGCAGAACGUCUUCUUUCAGCAGGUAUUUCCGUGACUAUCAUACUCGACUCUUGUGUGGGUUUCAUUAUGGAUCAAGUUGACCUAGUUCUAGUAGGAGCAGAAGGAGUAGCCGAAAAUGGGGGUAUCAUAAAUAGAAUUGGCUCACUGCAGGUUGCUUUAGUUGCAAGAUCUUAUGACAAACCUGUUUUCGUUGCGGUUGAGUCUUACAAAUUUUCACGAAUUUAUCCGUUGCGACAGCACGACUUGCCACUUCCGGGGAACUAUAGAGAACCCUGGUAUCCUUUGCUGUCAGAGUUUGACUUGUCAAAAGGCAUCCAGUUUGAGAAUCCGGCAAGUGAUUUCACUCCACCAUCCUUGAUAUCUUUGUUAUUCACAGAUUUGGGGGUUUUAACGCCUGCAGCUGUGAGUGACGAGUUAAUCAGACUGUACCAGUAACCGCACGAAUGUCAAUAUCAACUUUGGACCUUUCAAAUAUUUCAGCUAUGCAGAAGUUGCUUUCGAGUUAGUUUCGUUUCAGACGAGCUUUUUCCAGUUCUGAACGACGUACAAGGUAAAUAAUUGAAGCGUAGUUUUCCGCUUUCUCAGGACUUUUACGGUUUCCAAAGUUACGAAAUAAUGUCCCGUUAACUAAUAUAAAUAGAACAGGGAAUGACUUGGAACACCAUAAACGGUGGAAUUCUACAACACCACAAUCUCUCUGAUUU